AGUCCAAAACCCUGCUUAAACCCAAAGACCUAAUCAUUUAUGAGCUUCUAGAGAGCGAGAGAAGCCACAUCGUAUUUGCCACGAUGAGAAGAGUUAACCACCUAGCCACCCUGAGCCGAGCCUUUUCCGGCGCGGCCUCUCAUCAGCGGCUGGUUCAAGGAGCAGCAAUGAUAAGCACAUACGCAGCUUCAAAUUCUCAGUGUUUUGCAUCAAGAAUCGCUGAAAGUUUUAGGAUAUCAAAUCCCCCCGUCGCACGCGGUGUUACUGGGACUAUGUUUUUCUCUGUUGCGGCUUCCUCUUUGGCCCAAGAGGCGCAAGCUAAGGAAGCGCCGCCGGUGGAGAAGUUGAUGCCGAAGGACGUCGUUCUUUACCAGUACGAAGCUUGCCCUUUCUGCAACAAGGUGAAAGCGUUUUUGGAUUACUACAAUAUACCAUACAAAGUUGUGGAAGUCAACCCCAUCAACAAAAAGGAGAUCAAGUGGUCUGAUUACAAAAAGGUGCCUAUACUGAAAAUUGAUGGAGAACAGAUGGUUGAUUCUUCAGAUAUAGUUGAUAAAUUGUUUCAAAGGAUACAUCCAGACAAUUCUGUCACAGACAGUGAUGAAGAAAGGCAAUGGCGUGGGUGGGUGGACAAUCACUUGGUGCAUGUUUUGUCACCAAACAUAUAUCGAUCAGUUUCUGAAGCUCUUGAAUCAUUUGACUAUAUCACCACCCAUGGCAAUUUCAGCUUCACGGAGAGGUUGGUAGCCAAGUAUGCUGGUGCUACAGCAAUGUACUUUGUGUCGAAGAAGCUGAAGAAGAGACAUAACAUUACUGAUGAACGUGCAGCCUUGUAUGGUGCUGCAGAGACAUGGGUGGAUGCUUUGAAGGGUCGCCAAUAUCUUGGUCAGUGUUUCUUUUUUCAUCAAUGGUGAUCUUGCUCGGCAUUCUAAUUUGUUACAGUGUGAGAUUUUUCUCUGCGUCCUAAGGCCCAUCCGAUACUUGAAGUCCGGUAAAGAUAUGGUGGAGCAUACCCGUAUCGGUGAGUGGUACUCUCGAAUGGAAAAUGCAGUUGGCGAGCCUAGUAGAAUUAAGGCAUAAAGGCAUAGCAGAUGGUUGAUUUUAUUCAUUGAAUGAAUGAUGUUCGACCUUAGGGGCGCAGAUGGGAGUUAAAUGAGAUAAAAUAACACACAAAGAAUUGGUUUUACUGCUAGUUAAAAAAUUGCAGAUCUUGAACCGUAUCAUUAUGUUAUGGAUAUGGGAAAAUAAAUUUGCCAUUCUCGGUGAUCAUCGUCGUGGUAGUUCCCCUAACAUCCAUCCAUCAAGCAAGAGGCAUAUACUAUCAUGAAGGAACUAUUUUGUUUCAUUAAAAAAAACUAAACCUUGUAACCUUUUUACUAUUGAAGAUGCACUAUUUACUCUCUUAUUCAUAUAUAUCAUUGUUGAUUGUAAUUUGAUUUUUAAA